AUGGCAGACGAAGACAAGCCCAAGAAUCGGAAGGAGCGUCGGGCUGCGGCUAAGGAAAGUGGCAAGCCCAUCGAGCCACCCUCCAAACAACCAAAGAUCAAGAUGACUAUGCCGGAGUAUGGCGCGAAACCACAAGGCAAGACCUUGCUAGACAUUUACGAAGAGAAGAAGGACCUCCUUUCGAAAGGUCGACCGUUCGACAAAAAGUACGAAGACGGUCUUCCUCGAGGCGAAAGUGGCAACAUCCUGGAAGCCGGUCUAGGGGAUGGAGAGCCCAUCGGACCCGUUGGGGAUGCCAUAUUCUGGUCUGCUUGUCUGGUCAUGUUUCACUUCACACUUGACGUUCUGGUCUACAAUCAAUACGCCCAGGACGUUGUGUGGUCGGCAAUUUUCAAGCGGUCUGGCACCAUACUGCCGAUCCUGUUCCUGGUUAUCUACAUGACGCGAUCAGAGACGGCACGAAAGCUUGGGCUGUUGAGGCAAAUCCUUUUUCUGGCUUCUGCUGUGGCAUCUGGCUGCUAUCUCAUUCACGCUGGAAACAAAUCCGGCUACUUGGCAGUCAUGAAGCAAGCACCACCUCUCGGAACUUUUUGGGUGUACAGCGUUAUCGAGUUGGAUCUGCUAUUCGCUGUGGCUAGUGUCCUCAUCGAUCUCGCUUUCCUGCUCUGGGGCGGAUAUACCAUGUUUUGA